AUGCCUAAACGCUCACGAGAAGAUUCCCCCUCGCCGACGACGACCUUUUCACUUUCUCCAACACCAGAUCCUUCGUCUCCAGCCUCAACAGAUGCACCAGUGCACCCUUCAAAGUACAUACAGACAUCGGACGAGCGUUCUACACGAAGAGUUAUGAAAUGCUCCCUUCCACCCCACCAGGAUACGAUAUCAUUCUCUACCUUCGAGGAAUUCGAGCUCCAUUACGCUAGAGAGCACGCACAUCGAUGUUCUGAAUGCCGGAAGAACUUCCCUACAGAGCACUUCCUAGGGCUACACAUUAGCGAGAAUCAUGAUCCUUUGACCGAAGCACGGAGAGCAAACGAAGAGAAGACGUACCAAUGUUUCGUUGAAGACUGCGACAAAAUUUGCUCGACUCCGCAAAAACGACGGAUGCAUCUCACAGAUAAACAUAUCUUCCCCAAGAAUUAUGAUUUCCAAAUCGUUAAUACAGGCAUUGACAAGCGUAGCUCCAUGCUGCGUUCCCGGCCAAGAAAGCAUAGCUCUGCUGCGUCCAGAGCUUUCCACCGCGAGCAACGUACUAACAGUACCGAGGCCUUUCAAGGUCACAAUCCUGACUCUGCAAAUACACUCGAAUCUUCAGCGGCAGAGACUAGCAAAGGAAGCAGUGGAAGACUAGGUCAUUCGCCUUCUCUUCCAGCGGACGUCGAUGAACUCGUGUCGACGAUGUCCGCCCUCAAAUUUGUGCCCCCUAGUGUUCAUUUUGGACGAGGAGGGCGGCGAGGUGGCUUGAGUAGGUCAUGA